GUAUUUUCUUUUUUAAACAGUCUAAAAUACACUUCAUUAAAUGCAAAAAUCUCUUCUAUGGCGGCUGCUCACAAUGUCAAUCUACACUUAAUGAUGCUUUUAGCUGCUUUUUAGCUGCAAUUGACACGACUAAGGAAAUUGCGUCUAAAGGUGGUUUUUGAUAAAGUCAGUCAGUCUGACACUUUCACCAGAAAAAAGGUUUUGUUGGUUUGACGUGUGAUAAAAAAGACAGAUUUAAUUUAGGAUGUUUAUUAUUUGACCAUGGUUCUGUUCUUUCACUCUGUUGGCGUACACGGUGUGAUUAAUAUAGCGUACUGUUUACACAAAUGGAAAAUGUAGUAAAAAAAGACGGGUCUGCACUUCAGUGAAGCUUGUCCUGAUAUGAGGAGUUUCAGUGGACGGUGGUGGAGCUCAGCAUCAGCCCGGAAUGUGGAUUUCUUUUGUCACUAAAGGUUUUCUUUCCACAACAGAUAAACAUUUGGCUGUGUGUUUUAUUUACAGUAUUUCUGUCAGUAGUUAUCAAUACUGUGUUAUAUGUUAGAAUAGAUGCCUUCUUUGUUAAAACAAUUCAAUAACAUACACAUUUUGUCAGGAGGAAUUUCAGGAUUUCCUUCUUUUCAGUUGGUGGGAAGCAGUUUCCUGGCUGACUGCGGUAUUUCUGCUCCAACUCCCAGAUCUGUACCUGAACACAACACUUCUGUGCACAGAGUCUCCUGACGAUGAGCAACAAGCCCCGUCAGUGGCUCACACUAAAAAUGCUGAGAUGCCUGGUCCCCGUCUUUCUGGUCCUCGCCUUCCUCUCUGUUUUGCUGCUUGUGCAACAGCAAAACGGGAUUUCUCAACUAAUGAACUUUCAGCUGUGGACCCGACCUUAUCCAGAACAAAAGCCUUGUACAGAAGAAACUGCUUAUCCGGAACGAGUGAUUUCAUUUGCACCAGUCAAAAACACAAAGACGCUGCUGCUGUCAGCUUAUCAAGAGCACCGCACAAAUAAGAAGGAGGUCCGUGUGAUUGCGGUGGUGCUGCGGAGUGAGAAAGCUGCCUAUCGUUGCAUCUUUAACUGUCAGGAGCAGCAGCACAUCUCUGAAGGAGUCAGCAACAUUCACAAAGAUCACUUUCGAUUCCCUUAUGGGACAGCUGACAUCAUGUGUCCUAUCCCAUCUGGCUGCGUGGCUCCGACCCAUAUCGCUGUCGUCAGAUCUGCUGCUAACUACUCUCAAGGUAUGAAUCAUCAUGAACUUUUGGAAAUAAGGAACCAGAAGGUUCAAAGCGACGGGUUUGCUUUCAACUUCACCGUCUGCUUCUCCACCAUGUUCAAUUUCACAAACGUGCUGCAGCUGGUACAGAGUCUGACGAUGCUGGAGCUGCUCGGCGUGAACAGAGUCGUCAUCUAUAAGACCGACUGCAGCCCGGAAACACAGCGCAUACUAGACUACUACGUAUGUAAAGGUUUUGUGGAGCUGAUUCCCUGGUCUCUGUCAAAAUUCAUUAACGUAUCUUAUGGCUGGCUGCCUGAACAUGGUCCAGGUCAAAUCCACUACGUAGGCCAGAUUCCUGCCCUUAACGACUGCCUGUACAGAUACAUGUACAAAUCCAGAUAUGUGGCCCUGAAUGAUAUGGAUGAACUCAUUCUCCCACAAACAGUCAACAGUUGGCUGGAGUUGCUGCCUCUGCUGGAGAAGAAAUAUGGGGUCAACAAGUGCUACAGGUUUCAGAAUAACGUGUUUCCCAAAGAUGUGGUGCUGCCUCCACCCCCCUCUGCUGCCACUGCGCCCUCGCCGCCGCUUUGGAAGAACCUUUCUGGAGUGAAUAUCCUGGAUCAUCUCUACCAAGAGCCCUUGACUAAAGAGAGCCGUUAUAUUCAGUUCAAAAUCAUCGUCAACCCGCGAGCUGUGUUCUCCACCAGUGUUCACGGAGUCCUGAGCUCCCAGAAGGGCUGUGUCUGGGUUCAGAGGGAGAUUGCAAGGAUGUACCACACCAGAGAUAAAAGGCAGCCGGAGCUGAAACCAGGCCAGCUUCUUUUUGACGGCAGACUGCUGAACUACAGCGCUCCGCUGAUCCAGACCGUCAACGCGGUUCUGCGAGAGAACGGACUUUUACCUGCAGAGGGCAAACUCUGACUCCACAGCCUGGACCUCCGCGCUCGUCUGAGAUGCUUUUCCAUUUGGGACGCCGACAUGUUUCCUCAGCACUUUAAAGGAAAACAGGAAGAUUUAAACUUUGUGGGUUGUAAUCCAUGGAAAACUCAAUCCAGCGUUUAUGUUUUCUACAGACUGUGUUCUACUUUUUAUUUGGCUUUCUUUUAUUUUAACAUGUAUGACACAUAUUUAUUUUUUUAAGCAGCAUCUUGAAAUUCAUCGCCGAUGAAAAUAGUGUUUUUGGUGAUUGUAACGUGUUGAAAAUUAUGCUUAAAAUUGCAUUUCUGAGUAUUUCUUUAUUCAAAUUGUUGCGAACCUGGAGCAGACGAAAUGCCGAUUGAAAAAGAUCCUAUUUGUGAAUUUGUGAGGUAGAGAAUACGCCAUCUCUUCUUGAACUGUAGUGCCAUCUCAGAUCUUUUUCUCUACAUUUCUGUUUUGUUUUUGGCUUUUUUUUUUUUUUUUUUCUUUGAUAGAAUAGCUCUGAUCACGGCUCGCUUACGUGUCUUCCUUCUGUCUCCUUCCCCUCUUUUUUUCUCGUUUUUUAUAGUUGUCCUGUCAAUCAAAAAUAAUUCAGUGGAGUUUCAUUUCGGCUCUAAUUUCAGGUUCUCCUGGGAAAUACAAGGAACAUCAGAUCGAAACAUUUCAAAUGACGAUUACAAAUAAGCUCUCCAACAGAAAGAGUCAUGAAUGCAAAUGUCCUCCAUUAAACGUCCACAUCCCUGAAUGUCGCAGUAACUUGUGUUUCUGUUGUCGUGUAAAGAGGAUCUUGUUAGUCUUCCUUCUGUCUCUCAGACUCUCCUCACCACUGCAAACACAGAUUUGUCUGCAGCAGCUAACAAAUAAACCAACCUCUUGAGUAAAGAU